AUGCGAACGGCGGACACGGAGCUGCGCGCCACCCGGCCCCGCAUGGCCAACGUCGCCAAGAAGGUGUCGUGGUCCGGCCGUGCCCGCGACGACCCGGAGCCCGAGCCAGAGCCCGAGCCGGGCGAGGCUACCCCGCUGCUCAACGGCGCGGGAACUAAUUUUCCAUUUUCUUCUCAGUUCACCCACUCCUCUUUUUUACGCAUUGGGCAGCUGAGCAAUGUCGAUCUUGAUGAUGAUGCACAUGAGCUGGAAACAGAGGUCUCUCACCAGUUUCCCAAUGAGAUUCCUCACAAUGAGAAACUCCUCUCUCUUAAAUAUGAGAGCCUGGAUUAUGACAACAGUGAAAAUCAGUUGUUUUUGGAAGAGGAAAGGAGAAUAAACCAUGCGGCAUUUCAAACGGUGGAGAUCAAACGCUGGGUCAUCUGUGCCAUGAUUGGGAUUCUCACUGGCCUUGUCGCCUGUUUCAUCGAUAUUGUGGUGGAGAAGCUGGCUGGGCUGAAGUACAAAGUGGUGAAAGACAAUAUUGACAAGUUCACUGAGAAGGGGGGGCUGUCUUUUUCCCUGUUACUCUGGGCGACACUGAACUCCAGCGUGGUGAUGGUUGGCUCCAUCAUUGUUGCUUUCAUAGAGCCUGUAGCAGCUGGCAGUGGGAUUCCCCAGAUCAAGUGUUACCUUAAUGGUGUGAAGAUUCCCCAUGUUGUCCGGCUCAAGACUCUGAUGGUUAAGGUCUGUGGAGUGAUUCUCUCAGUGGUUGGAGGCCUGGCUGUGGGGAAGGAAGGGCCAAUGAUUCACUCUGGAGCAGUCAUUGCAGCUGGGAUCUCACAAGGAAGAUCCACAUCUUUGAAGCGUGACUUCAAGAUCUUUGAAUACUUCCGCAGAGACACAGAGAAAAGGGAUUUUGUCUCGGCUGGAGCUGCUGCUGGUGUUUCGGCUGCUUUUGGUGCCCCAGUUGGGGGAGUUCUUUUCAGCUUGGAAGAAGGAGCUUCCUUCUGGAAUCAGUUCUUGACAUGGAGAAUUUUCUUUGCCUCCAUGAUCUCUACGUUCACACUGAACUCAGUCCUGAGCGUUUACCAUGGGAAUGCCUGGGACCUUUCUAACCCAGGGCUUAUCAACUUCGGCAGGUUUGAUAAUGAGAAAAUGGAAUACACGAUCCAGGAAAUUCCAAUCUUCAUAGUUAUGGGAGUGGUUGGUGGAAUUCUUGGAGCAAUGUUCAAUGCCUUGAAUUACUGGCUCACCAUGUUCCGCAUCAGGUACAUCCACCGCCCAUGCCUGCAAGUGGUUGAGGCCAUGUUGGUGGCAGCAGUGACAGCAGCUGUGGGAUUUGUGAUGAUUUACUGCUCCAGGGACUGCCAGCCCCUCCAAGGAAAUGCUGUGGCCUAUCCCCUUCAGCUCUUCUGUGCCGAUGGCGAGUAUAACUCUAUGGCCACUGCCUUCUUCAACACACCAGAGAAAAGUGUCGUCAGCCUCUUUCAUGACCCUCCGGGCACUUACAACCCCAUGACCCUAGGGAUGUUCACGCUGAUGUAUUUCUUUCUGGCCUGCUGGACCUAUGGCCUCACAGUGUCUGCAGGGGUCUUCAUCCCAUCCCUGCUGAUUGGUGCUGCGUGGGGGAGGCUCUUUGGCAUUUCAUUGUCCUACUUGACUGGAUCGAUCUGGGCUGACCCUGGAAAAUACGCUCUGAUGGGAGCUGCAGCACAACUGGGUGGGAUAGUGAGGAUGACACUGAGCCUGACGGUCAUCAUGAUGGAAGCAACAAGCAAUGUCACCUAUGGCUUUCCUAUCAUGCUGGUGCUGAUGACAGCUAAAAUUGUUGGGGACUUCUUUGUGGAGGGUCUGUAUGACAUGCACAUCCAGCUGCAGAGCGUUCCUUUCCUGCACUGGGAAGCUCCAGUCACUUCUCAUUCCCUCACAGCCAGGGAGGUGAUGAGCACACCUGUUACCUGUCUUAGAAGGAAGGAGAAGGUGGGAACCAUCGUGGACAUCCUCAGUGAUGCAUCUUCCAACCACAAUGGCUUCCCUGUGGUAGAGAAUGAAACAGACACCAUGCAGGUGGCUGGACUGAGAGGCCUUAUCCUGCGCUCACAGCUGAUCGUUCUUCUGAAACACAAGGUCUUUGUGGAAAGAGCCAACCUGAGCCUGGUUCAGCGGAGGCUGAAGCUGAAGGAUUUCCGGGAUGCCUAUCCUCGCUUCCCCCCAAUCCAGUCUAUUCAUGUCUCCCAGGAUGAGCGCGAAUGUAUGAUGGACCUGACUGAGUUCAUGAAUCCAUCACCCUACACGGUGCCCCAGGAGGCAUCUCUUCCGAGGGUGUUCAAGCUGUUCCGGGCCCUGGGCCUGCGGCACUUGGUGGUAGUGGACAAUCGCAAUGAGGUUGUCGGGAUGGUAACCAGGAAGGAUCUUGCUAGAUAUAGACUAGGCAAAGAGGGCCUGGAAGAGCUGUCCCUGGCACAGACGUGACACUACUGGCACUACCCAUUGGAAAUGCUUGCCGGCGUCCUGGUGUCCCCAGUGCUCUGAGAUCGGAAGUCUUGUUUCCUUGGAAGUGAUGGAAGGAACCAGUCCCUGCAGGCUGCUGUGUCCAGAGGUUACUUGGCACAGAAACCCAGCCCUUGACUCUUUUGUUCAUAGCUGUAUUCCUGUUUUUUAAUGGUUUUCUUUCCUCCAUGCCUUCUGGGCUUCACUACCCACCUCCUUUCUCUGUUUGCCCCAAGGGAUCAGAUAUCAGUAAGUUCCUAUUUGCCUCCUCUAUGUGCUGAUGUCAGGCUGGAGAACACUGGUGUAUGAGAGAGCUAGGCAGAGCAGCCUAGAGCUUUGGAGAGCACCACCCAGGUAGAGAGAGUACCACCCUGCGGCAGCCCAACCCAUUGCAACCCCUCUUUGUUGGGCUUUGAAAAGCAAAGCCAGGGUGUUGUGAACCAAUCUACAGCCUCUGCUGCCUCUGGGUCACCUCUGUGCUAUGCCUCUUCUACCCAGGACUUGGCUAUGGGUCUGCUCCGCACUGCCACUGUCGUGUCUCCAAGCCAUGACCUUGCAAAGCGGAGCUCCCAAGGUCUGGUUCAGCUGCUGGGCUGCCUUUGAAUUCCAUUGGCUAAGGGAGAAACAUCCCUUAAUUUCACAGCCUUAGAUGUCCAGUCAGGCGGGUCACCUGGCCCUUGUUACACAGAGCAGGCACCUCAGAACAGGCUGUAUCCAUGUGUUUGAGGGGGCUGGCCUGGGAAGGCAUCUUGCUGGGCCAGCCUCUUCUGCGUCCUGUGGCUAGAAUCUGCUCUGAUGGCCAAACAGCUGGCACUGCCCUGCUGCAGCUGCUCAGGAGCAGCUUGCACAGAGCCACAACUCAUCUCUGCCUGCACUGUGGGGCCUGACAGGCUGCUGAGCCCCUUUUCCCAUGCCUGCUCUUCCCUGUCACUUCACGUGGGUGGCUCACAGUGGGUGCCUGCUGGAAAGCUGACAGCAGAGGCUGAGCAUCCUUGCACCCAGGGCAGAGGGUGUGGGCAAGUGUAUGGCAAAGACACUUCCCAGGAAGCAGUAAGGAUGCAGUUCUCUUUGGACGCAGGGCAGUUGCCCAGUGCACAAACCUAGGACAAAAACCUCAAACACUAGUCGGACACAGCGAGCCGGGGAGCCUCAGCCUGUUCCCUGUGGGUCCUGUGCUCUGAGUGUGUGGGAUGUGGCAUAGAGCUUUGGUCAAGCUCCCUAAGGAGUUUAUGCCAUUGUCUGCAGGCAGCCAGCUCCUGCCAUAAUGCUUCAGGUAAGCAUAGCCCCAGCCCAGUUCAGCUACCCUGGAGAUGGCCCCCACAAGGGAGGGGUAAGGAGGGAGUUACAGGCAGAGGGAGUGGGCUCCUAAAGAACACUGGAGUUGCCGUGUUCCUGGUCUCUGCUCUGGGGAAAGUGGCAGCCUCUAGCAUGAGCUUACUCCCACUUGGAUCUCGCUGAUUCUGCUUCAUGCCUGGCUGGGGUGCCCAACUUCUGCUGACAAUCUGAUGUCCCUGUGCCCACAUAGCAAGAGCCAGGGCCCAACAGGCAGGGGAGGGGCUGAAACCAGCUGCACUGGGAGAAAUAAAAUUGCUGGAACCCAGAGGCUGCAGCUGGACCUGCUUUUCCUCUUAGGGAGUGGCCCAGGUGGAGAGCUGAUGGGGCUCAAUGCCCAGCUCCUCAGUGGGUUACUCAGCCAGGCCCUCACUGCCUGUGCCAGUGCUAUGGAGGGUAAUGAACUCCAAAAAUGGCCUAACUUGAAUUCUGGAGACUUUGGCCUAAAAAUGCCCUUUGUGCAGCCACCAAACCUCUAGGACUUGGCAUCUUUGGCCUUUGCACCUCAAAACAAAGUACAGGCAGCUGCUGAUGGAACUCAUUGCCAAGUGUAUGCAGGGGAGGGAGAAGUACACAAGACCUGUCUUUAGGACAUCAGCUAGGCACCAUCAUCUGGACAGUGUUUUGGGCACAGAGGAUACAAUGCCCACUGGCUCCCUUGUGCCCUGAUAGAGCUGUUACAAAUCUGCCCUGAUGGGGAUGUGCUGCUCUGGUAGCUCACUUGGGGCAGUCUUGGGGGGGUGAGGUGGAGGGGAGGGCAAAGCCCAAGGCAGCCUUCAAGUCACCAGAGCCAGGUGCCCGUGUUGCCAUGUGGUUCUCUCUGUCCUGCUGGCUGUCUGCACCUAGGAGUUUAGAAACUGUGUGGCCCCUGUGCAUCAUGUGCUAAGGCAGCAGGUCACCCUGUAAGAAGGGCUGAGGUGGGUCCCUCUGGUGACUGAAAUACCAGCCCCAUGUGGGGGUUUGGAUUGUUGCUGGUGGACAAGUGUUUUUUAAUUGUGCUAGAGCUGCAGCUGUGCUAAGGGCUAGGAUGUGAACCUGGUGGGGAAGAGGUCUGCACUGCUAAGUCUAGCAGGGUCUUGGGAUCAUGCUUCCUGGGUUGCAGGUACAAACUGGGCAGCAACUCUCCUCUGCUCCAGAUCCUGAAGCUUUCAGCCUGCUGACUUGUAUGUGCAACUGGCUCUUGCACAAAUGUACAGUGACCUGGAGAUGCUUCCUGCGAGCUGCUCAGCCAAGCAUGUACCUGCAGCCCCCAAGGCAGGGCCGGGCUCAUCACAAUGGGAGGCAGAGCAGAGUCCUGUGAGGCUGCAGUAUUAAGCCAGGCUCCUGCCCCUCCCCUCUUCACUUCAAAUUCUCAUUUUUCAGUAGCUGCAUUUUUAAGUGGUUGCAAAACCCAGGCAUCUAUUUUGGAAGCCGUGAGAUUUUCUAUGGAGCGUGUGAGACGGGAGAUAUUUUUGUGCUGAAUAAAGCCUGUUUCUACUUUCA